AUGGAUGAGAAUAAGCUCCCAUCUGUACUGCCUGAGGAACGUGGAGCCUCCUGGGACUCCAGCCUGGAGCCUGAGGAGGAGCCAGGGGUCCAUAAUGGAAUGGCAGCCAGUGAGGGCCUGAACAGCAGCCUCAGCAGCCCAGGGCAUGACAAGAGGGGCACCCUGGCAGACACAGAGGAGCCCACAAAAGACAAGGACAGGGCCCUCCACAGCCUCAGCCUUGACCUCUCCCUCAUCAAUGGCCUAGUCCUGGGACCAGAUUCGAACAUUCUGGAAGAUUCAACAGAAUCCAGGGCCUGGAGGGCUGGUGGGCUGUCGGAGGGGGACGAUGCCUCCAGGAGCCUCUGUCCAGAGGAUCUUCAGCUGGGGCUGGGUGGCCCUGGGGAGCUGGAUGUGCGGGAUGGCUUCAGCACCACAUUUGAGAAGAUUCUGGAGUCAGAGCUGCUGCGGGGCAUGCAGUACAGUAGCCUCGAUUCCCUAGAUGUUCUGAGCCUCACAGACGAGAGCGACAGCUGUGUCAGCUUUGAAGCCCCUCUCACUCCCCUCAUCCAGCAGAGGGCCCGUGAUAGCCCUGAGCCAGGGGCUGGGUUGGGCAUUGGGGACAUGGGGUCUGAGGGGAACCUGGGGGCAGCUGGUGGUGAUGGGGAGCUGGGCAGCCCCCUGCGGCGCUCCAUCUCCAGCAGCCGCUCAGAGAACGUCCUGAGCUGCCUGUCUCUCACGGCUGUGCCCAAUGGAUUUCAUGAAGAUGGACCCCAGGCCCCAGGCGGGGACGAGGAUGACGAUGAGGAGGACACGGACAAAUUGCUGAACUCAGCCAGUGACCCCAGCCUGAAGGACGGCCUGUCAGACUCAGACUCAGAGCUGAGCAGCUCUGAAGGGCUGGAGCUUGGUAGCACGGACCCACUGGCCAAUGGGUGCCAGGGGGUGAGUGAAGCUGCUCGCCGGCUGGCACGCCGCCUCUACCACCUUGAGGGCUUCCAGCGCUGUGACGUGGCCCGGCAGCUGGGCAAGAACAACGAGUUCAGCAGGCUGGUGGCUGGGGAGUACCUCAGUUUCUUCGACUUCUCGGGCCUGACUCUGGACCGAGCCCUCAGAACCUUCCUGAAGGCCUUUCCAUUGAUGGGGGAGACGCAAGAGCGGGAGCGGGUUCUUACGCACUUCUCCCGCCGGUACUGCCAGUGCAACCCUGAUGACAGCACCUCAGAAGAUGGGAUCCAUACGCUCACCUGUGCCCUGAUGCUACUCAACACGGACCUACAUGGACACAACAUUGGCAAGAAGAUGUCCUGCCAGCAAUUCAUUGCCAACUUGGACCAGCUGAAUGAUGGUCAAGACUUUGCCAAAGACCUGCUGAAGACCCUUUACAACUCCAUCAAGAAUGAAAAGCUGGAAUGGGCCAUUGAUGAGGACGAGCUGAGGAAAUCCCUGUCUGAGCUGGUGGAUGACAAGUUUGGGACAGGCAUGAAGAAGGUGACACGGAUCCUGGAUGGUGGCAACCCCUUCCUGGAUGUCCCACAGGCUCUCAGCGCCACCACCUACAAGCAUGGCGUGCUGACCCGGAAGACUCAUGCAGACAUGGAUGGCAAGAGGACACCCCGUGGGAGGCGUGGCUGGAAAAAAUUCUACGCGGUGCUCAAAGGGACCAUCCUGUACCUGCAGAAGGAUGAGUACAGGCCUGAUAAAGCCCUGGCAGAGGGCGACUUGAAGAACGCCAUUCGCGUCCAUCACGCUCUGGCCACCAGGGCCUCUGACUACAGCAAGAAGUCCAAUGUGCUCAAGCUGAAGACGGCCGACUGGAGAGUCUUCCUCUUCCAGGCACCGAGCAAGGAAGAAAUGCUGUCCUGGAUCCUUAGGAUCAACCUGGUAGCUGCCAUCUUCUCAGCCCCAGCCUUCCCAGCUGCUGUCAGCUCCAUGAAGAAGUUCUGUCGGCCCCUGCUGCCCUCCUGCACCACCCGCCUCUGCCAGGAGGAGCAGCUGCGGUCUCAUGAGAAUAAGUUGAGGCAGGUGACAGCAGAGCUGGCUGAGCACAGAUGUCACCCAGUGGAGAGGGGUAUCAAGUCCAAGGAGGCAGAGGAGUACCGGCUGAAGGAGCACUAUCUCACAUCUGAGAAAAGUCGUUACGAAACCUAUAUCCACCUCCUGGCUGUGAAAAUCAAAGUGGGCUCUGAUGAUCUGGAGCAUAUUGAGGCCCGGUUGGCCACCCUGGAAGGGGAUGACCCCUCUCUCCGGAAGACACACUCGAGCCCUGCCCUUAGCCAGGGCAACGGACCUGUGACUGGCUGCAAAGCCACAAAGGAUGCCACUGAGCCUCAUACUUAG